AUGUCACAGGCCAUCGCGGCUCUGGUAUACGCGGCGCAGGAGGCCCAGAUAACGACCACGGCUGCCGCCGCCGCCGCAGCGACUUCUGCGCCAGCAUUGCCUCCUGUUACCAACGACUACCCGUACCCGUACUCGUCUCUGCAACAUAUCGGUUUCUUUAUCCUGUUCUUCUUUCCUGCUCUAGCACUCAUUGUCGUGGCCCUACGGGUGUAUUCUAGAGUCAGCACAAAGCAGUUUGGCUGGGAUGAUGGCUUGAUUUGCUUCGCUAUGGCAGAGUCCAUCGCUGAGACGGGAGCAUCGUACAUGGGCAUGCGAACCGGCUUCAUCGGCAUCCAUGUUUAUGACAUACCUUUGGUGGCUGACCACCGCCUGGGCAGUCUGUGGAACUACAUCAUUCAGCUCCUGUACAACCCGAUCUUGGCGCUAGUAAAGACGUCAGUUUUGAUGUUUUUGUUGCGAUUGAGCGGACAACAACGGCGAAUCCGGUAUACCAUCAUCGGUCUUAACAUCUUCAACAUCGCUCUUAUGAUUGCCAUCUUCGUCACCGUUAUCUUCCAGUGCCAGCCCAUCAACUACUUUUGGGAGAAGGCCAGCCGCAACCCUCCAACGGAAGGAAAGUGCAUCGACAUGGCAGCUUUCUACGUGGGCACUGCCUCGUUGACCAUCUUUACUGAUGUUCUGGCUCUGGCUAUGCCUUUCUGGAUUUUCCUCGGCUUGAAGAUGCCUACGCGAGUGAAGAUGGCUCUCCUUGCCGUCUUUGCCCUAGGAGCUGUCGUCACCGCAAUCAGUAUUCUUCGCCUUGUCUGGCUUAUCGAAGUCUCUUACCACAUCAACCUCAACGAUCCGACCUACGAUAUCCGCUUCACCUACUCCGCCGUCGAGACUAACCUCGCCAUCAUCACGGCCUCGGCCCCGGCACUCCGUGGUCUUUUCCUCCGCUGGUUCCCCAAGUUCUUCGCCUCCCUCAAGAGUUCCUCCAACGGUCGAUACGGUUACGGCCGUAGCGGAGACCCUACCAAGAAGUCGCGCGUCACCGCAACUGCAACGAGAGGUCGCAGCACCACACAUACCGAAAGCAAUACGUUUCAGCUCAAGAAUAUGAAGGGACGCUCAGAGAUCAGGUCACAUUCGCCGACGACGAGCGAGGAGGAGAUUAUGACGUAUGAUGGCAUUAUGCGCACGAGAGAGGUCAACAUUGUCUACGAUGACAAGAGGGAUUCUACGCCAAAGGCGGGCGGGAGGGAGCCCAUGGACCCCCCUGGACGGAGCCAGUAUGAGAACAAGCUUUACUCGACCACCAGUUCGGGAAGUUUUUAG